AUGAAACAGUGUCACUAUUCAAUACUGGGAGUGGAUAUAAAGGCUAGUAAUGAAGAAAUACGCCAAGCUUACAAGAAACUCUCUUUAUUAUGGCAUCCUGAUAAAAAUAGAGAUAGGGUUAAAGAAGCUACACAUCAAUUUCAGUUGAUAUCUGCAGCACAUGAAGUACUCAGCGAUCCUAAAGAGAGAGCUUGGUAUGAUUCACAUAGGAAACAAAUCUUAUCUGGUAAAGAAGAAAAUGAAGAUAUAGAAAGUGUUUCAACUUUAAAUUUAUGGAAAUAUUUUAGCAGAGAUGCUUUUACAGAAUUUGAUGAUAGCAUUGAAGGCUUUUAUAACGUAUAUUAUAAUGUAUUUGAAGAAAUUGUCAAAGAUGAACUAUUUUAUGUCGGCGAAAAUAGCUCAGAAGGUCAAUUCUGGCAAAAUGCACCCAAAUUCGGGACAUCUAAAACAGAUCUAAAUGAUAUAAUGAUAUUUUAUAGGUUUUGGAGUAAUUUCAUUACAAAUAAGAGUUUUGGUUGGAAAGAUUUAUGGAAUUUAACUGAGGCUCCUAAUAGACAGGUUAGAAGGACAAUGGAAGCUGAAAAUAUAAAAGAAAGGAGAAAAGCCAAAAAAAGUUUUAAUGAGACAGUCAGACGUCUAGUUGAUUAUGUUAAGAAGCGUGAUCCAAGAGUUAUUAUGUAUAUGCGCAAUAAGACUGAAGAAAUUAAUAGAAAGAUAAACUUAGAAGAGCAAAAAAAGAAGUUAGAAGAAAUUAGAAGAAGUGAGUUACGUGAACAAGCUAGAUUAGAAGAGAUCAAAAGAAUGGAAGAGCUUGAAAAAGAGCGUAAACUUGCAUAUGGAGAAUUUUAUGAGUCUUCAGAUGAUUUACAAAGUUCUGCAGAAGAACAAAUUAUUUAUUAUUGUAAGCCUUGCAAUAAAACUUUCAAAAGUGAACCCCAAUACAACACUCAUAUAAAAAGUAAAAAGCAUUUAUCGAAAGUUCCUAAAAAUAAAACUGAAUUAUCGAAACCAUCAUCCACUAAAAAUAUCCAUAAAAAAGAUCAUUUACAUUUGAAUAAUACUGACUUAAAUUGUAUUAGUCAAACAGAAUAUUCAGAACCGAACUUUAAAGAUUCAGUUAAAUAUUCAUCAAUUUCUUUAGAUAAAAAUAAGUUUGAAGCAGGGGAGGUAUUAGAUUUAAUUAAAAAUAUAAAUAUUGAUGACUCUACUGUUCAUGAAUCAGCAGAAAAUGAUGAAAAUAUUUUUCAAAUUUUAUCUGAAUCUGAUGAUAAAUUUAAAACUAACAAAAAACAGAGAAGAAAAGUGAAUAAGAAUAAAGAUAAGUUUACAAAUGAGAAAUCUUGCUUAAAAGAGGAUUCUUCUUGGAAAUGUUUGGUUUGUACUAGUGUUUUUGAAUCUAGGAACAAACUUUUUGCUCAUGUAAAAGAAAUGGAUCAUGCUGCUAUAAAGAUUAAUGAUAUAAUUAAAAAAUCUAAAGUUAAGAGAUAA